ACAAGCCAAACCCAAGGAACACUUACACUGGUGAUGUCAACAUCAUUGUACGAUUUAAAGCGCAAAGAGGAGUUUGGUGACAGCUCCACACUGCUGGUUAUAAUAGAGUGACUCUGGGAGCGCACGCUCGCGAUGGAGCCGCGCGCCGCCAAAAAAGAGCUGCAUCAGAGGGUGUUUGUGAACCGGAGUUUGACGCUUGAAAACAUCAAGUGCUAUGGCUUCGACAUGGAUUACACUCUGGCAGUGUAUAAGUCUCCAGAGUAUGAGAGUCUGGGCUUUGAGCUGCUCAGGGACAGGCUGGUGUCAAUCGGAUACCCACACGAGCUGCUGGGCUACACGUACGACCCCACCUUCCCCACGCGAGGUCUGGUGUACGAUACCAGGUAUGGGAACCUGUUGAAAAUCGACUCCAAUGGAAACAUCCUGGUGUGCACUCACGGCUUUGAGUACCUGAGAGGUGGACAGGUCGAUGAGUAUUAUCCAAACAAGUUCAUCCAGAGAGACGACACUGACCGCUUUUACGUUCUCAACACGCUCUUUAACUUAUCAGAGACGUAUCUUUAUGCGUGCCUGGUUGACUACUUCACCAGAAGCACCAGAUAUAAAAACUGCCAGAAAGGGUUCAAACACGGUGACUUGUUCAUGUCACACAGAAGCAUGUUUCAGGAUGUGAGGGAUGCCAUGGAUCACCUUCAUGGCACGGGCACUCUGAAGGAAAGAACACUGAAGAACCUGGACAAGUAUGUGAUUAAAGAUCCACGUCUUCCUGUGUUACUGAGCCGCAUCAAAGAGUUUGCCAAAGUGUUUCUGGCCACCAACAGCGACUUCAAUUACACCGAGGCUAUUAUGAAAUACUUACUGGAUUUUCCGUCUGGCUCCAAGAACCCCAAGAAACCGUGGCGCUCGUACUUUGAUCUGGUGGUGGUGGACACGAGGAAGCCCUUGUUCUUCGCAGGGGGGACAGUGUUACGACAAGUAGACACGGACACGGGGAAGCUGCGUAUCGGCACAUACACUGGAGAGCUUCAGCAUGGGACAGUGUAUUCAGGAGGAUCUUCUGAUAUUGUCUGUGAUUUGCUGGAUGUUAGGGGGAAAGACGUCCUCUAUGUGGGGGAUCACAUCUUUGGCGAUAUCCUCAAGUCAAAGAAACGUCAAGGCUGGAAGACUUUCCUGGUGGUGCCUGAGCUUGUGAAGGAGCUGCAGGUGUGGGCUGACAAAGCCAGUAUGUUUGAGGAGUUGAAACAUCUUGACAUCUUCCUGGCAGAAUUACAUCAGCACUUAGACAGUGGAAGUCAAGAGUGCCCAGAUAUUAGUGCGAUUCAGAACAGGAUAAAGAUGGUGACGUACGGCAUGGAUCUGUGCUAUGGGAAAAUGGGCAGUCUUUUACGCUGUGGAUCCACAAAAACCCUCUUUGCCAGUCAGUUACUGCGCUAUGCAGAUAUAUACUCCACCUGCUGCCUCAACCUCCUGAACUACCCCUUCAGCUACCUCUUCAGAGCACCUCUCGUCCUGCUGCCACACGAGGCCGCUGUGGAGUCUCAGACUAAAGAGCAGAUCACAGAGCUGCCGGAGCACAUGCUCAAGACCACCAGCAUCAAGCGGCAGUGUGAGUGUGACGGCGGUGACUGUGGACGAGAUGAUAAUUGUGCCCGAAAUAACCCGGCUACAUCUACAGAGACAUGAGGACUGAUUUUUUUCUUAACUGCUGUAAAUAUGAACUUUUUAUUUAGUGAGUGUGUUUCACUUUUACAGUUUCCGUUCCUGCCUUAAUCCCGGACGAGCCCA